AUGUCCAACGAGGGCGCUUAUUUGUCAUUCAAACGUGCCUUUGAUGAGCAACGUUGUGAAAUACAGCGUCUAUAUGACCGUGUGGCAAAGCUUGAAGAGGCCAACUCCAAGGUUCUGACAUAUGUGAAACAGACGGGCAACCUUCCUUUGUUAGAUGGCGGAACGAUAAAAUGUCAAGUAACACCUGACGCGCAUCCGCAGUCAAAU